AUGGUCCGUUAUUUUAAAUUUGGCCUCUAUCAAAGAACGAACUGUGUUAAAAUUAGUGAAAACGUGAUCUAUCAAAGUUCUACUGUGUCUAGUAAUUCUAGUUACAUCGGAAACAGUCUGUUUCAAAUAUUCGCUGCUGCAAUCCGAACGAGCGUCAUCGACAGCGGAGAUUGGGCUGAAGUAUCAUCAUUGAAUAACACGCUCUUACACACACCCUUCAAGAUGCUAUCGAGUAGCAUGAACGUCACACCGGUCACGAUUCUGCUCCUGGCCACACUUCUACUACCAAUCGGCCGAGCCGGGCUGGCGAACUGCCCCAUCGGGUGUCAGUGCGACGAUGACACACUGGUGGUAACGUGUGGCGAGGGCCACCUGGACGUGCUUCCGAUCGUGUUGAACCCAUCCCUCCAGCGGCUGGUGAUCAAAAAUAACAAAAUCAAAACCAUCGACUCGUCGAUGCAGUUCUACGCCGAGCUAACCUUCCUGGAUCUUAGCUAUAACCACUUGUUCAACAUGCCUCCGCGGACGUUCGCCUAUCAGAAGAAGCUGAAAGAGUUGCACCUGAACCACAACAAGGUGGGCUCAAUUUCGAACAAAACCUUUCUUGGGCUGGAGUCCCUGUCGAUUCUGAAUCUCCGGGGGAACUUCCUGGACGAGCUGACGGAUGGUGUGUUCUCCGGGCUGAAGAAACUCGAAGAGCUCAACCUGGGCCAGAACCGAAUCGGUCGGAUCGAUCCGAAGGCAUUCGAUGGGUUGGUGAACCUGAAGAUGCUGUAUCUGGACGAUAACACGCUAAGUGCGGUUCCAUCGCCAGCGUUCGGUUCGCUGGUUAGUUUGGCGGAACUGUAUCUGGGAAUCAAUUCGUUCUCGACUAUCCCGAAGGAUGCGUUCGUCAAACUGAACAAACUGAGUAGAUUGGAUUUGAAGGGAGCAGCCCUAUCGAACGUGACCAGUGAAAGCUUCAACGGGUUGGAAGAACUACGGACGCUAGAUUUGUCCGACAAUCGACUUAGUCGAAUACCGACGACGGAGUUGAUGGCGCUGACUCGGCUGGAAGAGCUGGCACUUGGCCAGAAUGAUUUCGACAGUAUCCCGCUGGCCGCUUUCGCUGGUAUGGGUAACCUGAGGAAAUUGGACAUAUCAGGUUCGCUGAAGUUGAACCGAAUCGAGAGUGGGGCAUUUUCGGCGAAUGCCAAUCUGGAAGAAAUUGUGAUAGCGUCGAAUAAGGCGCUCAGUGAGAUACAGGAUGGGGCGUUGAGUGGAUUGCCACACCUCAAAAAGCUGGUGUUGAAAGAUAACGCCUUGGCAACCCUUUCGGAUGGGUUGUUUUCCUGGAAUGAGCUGGUGGAUUUGGAUUUGUCGGAAAAUCCGAUGGUUUGUGAUUGUCGGAUUUUGUGGCUGAGAAAUAUGUUGGUGAAUAAGAGUAAUACCAGCCAGAAUCAGUUCCCGGUGGUGUGUGCAUCGCCUGAUCGACUGCGAGAGCAAACACUGCAGGCCUUAUCACCGGAACUGUUGGGCUGUUCGCAUACGGAUCCCCGUGAGCAGGCGAUUAUCUGCGCAGUGUUGGUCGCAGCUGCGGCAGUAAUCACCACUCUCGCACUGGUGAUCUACAAGUGCCGAAGGAGGAUCCGGGAAGUGGUGAAAGGUGGCUGGGGAAACAGUGCCAUCGGGCGGAAGGAGCGCGAGUAUCAGAAGACUUUCUCCGAGGAGGACUACAUGGGCCGACAUCCGAAUCCGUGCGGAUUGGGACUAGAGGCUCCCCCUCCACCGCCUCGGAGGGGAGGUUCGCAGCAUCAAAUUUGCCCCGGCAGCAACUGCAACGGAACGGCCACUACCUUCCUGCAGCUCAGUCAGGAGCAUCUGAAGCAGCCGGGAAUGAAACUCUUCCCCAACUACACCCCACCGAUCGCACCACAAAGCAGCAACGCCACUUCCGCCAACUUCUCGACGCUGUCCAGCAAUGUCAGCAAUCAUCACUACCACCAAAUCACCUACCAGACGCAAACCCUCGCACCACUACGCAUCAGUCAGGAGCAUUUCAGCAGUAAAACGAACACAUUCGUUGGGCCUGGUGGCGGCGGCGGCUCCGGCGGCCUGCCAAAUGGUCGCCAAAAAUAUCAAACUCAUCAUCAUCAUCUCCAACAGCAUCAGCAGCAUCAGCAGCAGCAGCAACAGGAACAACAGUCCCAUCACGAACUGUCCGACCACGAGCGGGAUGACGAUGACGAUGUGCUCGUUGACAACGAGGAUGACAGCAAUAGUGCGACCACUUCACCACCGCCAACGUCUUCCUCGCCAACACCUCCGGAGCUGCCGAUCCGCAACGGUUUGGUUGCGAAUUACAAUGUAAAUACGCUAAAUCACAUCAACAAUAAUACGCUCGUCACUGGUGGCGGCUCGAAAAUUCCGGCCACUCCGGUGGCCACGGUUAGCAGCGCCGUCGAGCGGCCGAUUGUGUCAACCGGGGGGCGCAGAUCACUGCGACACUAUCACUGAUAGAGAGCGAGGCGCGGGCGUUGAGAUGAUAAUUCCGAACCGAAGUGUUUUUUUUGUACAGUCUAUUUAUCUUCAUUAUGACAGUUUUUACUUUUGUACUCGAGAGCAAGUAUCGAAUCGAAUCGACAUUCUGUAUUAUAGCGAAUCGAUUUAUGUAGGUAGGUGUAGGAGGUGUCCUCGCGCUCGCGGGAGCCAGGCUUCAGCAAAUACAUUCGACAAUUGUGCCGCGUGAAUGCGAUGAAACAAGAGAGGAAAUAUUAUUCCUCAAUUUAAAUCAAUUAGCAUCGUGUCGGUUUCGAGAGAGAAUGGCGGUGCCUUUGGGCUGUUUGAGUUUUAAAUUGGUGCUAUACUAUCGGAGAAAAUAUGCUACUCGUAUUUCUCAGUUUUCUUCGAGGAUUUGUGUGACAAUUGGGAUGCUGUGGAAGGGGAGUGUAAACGAUAUUUUGGUAUGGAUUAAUUUGAUAAUGCGCCGAUGUGACCUGUUUUCUCAGUUUUAGGCAAUAUUUAUGCUCUGUUUGUUCGACAGACUUGGUUUUGUUCAUUGUAGUUCAAAUGUUACGCUCGGUUCUAUCCUAAGAGUCCAACAAUUUUGUUAGUAUUUGGAGUAAGACGGUGUGGUCUCUUUCUUUAGUGGAAAAUAUCGUAUUCUUGUGUACUCGAUCUCUUAUGUUUCUGUUUUGGUUCAUGUUCAACUGAUAAUAAUUCAAAUCUAUUGACUUUUCUAGAAUCUUUUGAGAUUUUAACUUCUAUCUCGUUAAGGAUCUAACGAUAGUCUUCAGAUUUCAGAUGCAGUUUUAGAUACUAUUUACCGUUUUUGCGUUAGGUACGAGCAUAUAGUCCCCUAAUUUUGAAUGACACUGAAUAAAGUCUUAAUUAUACAGUGACCGGUAUAAAUUGAAGCCCACGCCAUUUCAUUUCAAAGUUUUAGUUGUGACAUCACGUUUGAAAGCAAGAACAACAAUUGUUUGAUUGUUUCAACAUAGUUUCUUAUGUUCUCAAUGCAUUCAAUCCAACUCGAUUCAUAACAAAUGUAAAAAGGGGGUUUUCUGAUAAAUGGGAAAAAGGGUAUGACAAUAACACGAGCCCACAAUCAAUGGGUACAGGAUAAAAUUUUUCUAAUGGGGAAAAUGAUGGCUUCAGGAGUGGAUAUGUCCUCCACUUGCUUCAAUGGCUAGUUGAAGACGUUUUGACAUACUGUCAGCGAGGAUCUGGAGAUGGUGUGGAUUGACAUUGUUCCACGCUUUCUGAAGAGCUGCAGAAUAGUUGUAUUUGUCAUUAUUGUUCAUAUUACAGUCCAAAAUAGCCCAUAAAUUUUCGAUAGGAUUAAAGUCUGGGCUCUGAAGAGGCCAUUCGAGAGGUUUUAUGCGACGAGAAUAAAAAUAUGCCUUCGUUUUUUUAGCUGUAUGCUUAGCGUCAUUGUCUUCUUGAAAUAAAAAACCGGAUCGUAGCUUAGCUUUCCGCACAGAAUCUGACAAAUUCCCCGUAAUCGAUUGAGUACCGAGCAAUUUUUUUUGAGCAUAAGCCAAAAAUGCGGAUGAGUUUUGUGUAUAUUUAAAAAAAAUUAUAAUAGAAGUACCGGUAAGUUUCUUCGUUUUUUUUCAAAAAUUAAAAAAAUAGUUACAAAUUUUAUAUUCAAAGUAUUGCCCAUCACUAGUCAUAACUUUUUCCUAUCUUUCUGGCACGGAUCCAUUUGCGGAAAUAAUCGGCCGGUUUGUCGGUUAACCACGAAUCGAUCCAAUUUUUGACUUCAUCAAUAUUGGAGAAGUGCUGGUCAAUCAGGCCAUGUUGCAUCGAUCGGAAAAGGUUGUAAUCGGACGGAGCAAUGUCUGGAGAAUACGGCGGGUGGAAGUAUAUAUAUACGGCGUUUCAGAGUAUGUUUUGACCGAUUUCGUGACAUGCGGUCGAGCAUUGUCGUGCUGCAAAAUAACUUUAUCGUGUCUUUGCUCGAAUUGUGGCCGUUUUUACUUCAGUGCCUGGCUCAAACGCAUCAAUUGUCGUCGGUAGAGGUCCCCCGCAUUCGGUUUCAGCAGCUCAUAGUACACCACAUCCAGCUGAUCCCACCAAAUAGACAGAAUAACCUUCUGGUCGUGAAUAUUCCGCGCGGCCGUCGAUGUUGAUGCAUGGGGUAUCCAUACGUUGUCCGACGUUUAGGAUUGUCUUGAUGGACCCACUUUUCAUCGCCAGUAACGGUUCGAUGCAAAAAAAAAACCUUUCUUUUAUGCCGUUGGAGCAGUUGUUCGCACGUGAAAAAAAUACGUUCGACGUCUCGUGGCUUCAAUUCAUACGGCACCCAAUGUCCUAUUUUCCGUUGAUCAUUCCCGUUGCUUUUAAACGACCGGAUAUGGUUUGCUGAGCUACUCCAAGUGCAUCUGCAAGUUCUUGUUGCGUUUGUGACGGAACUUGUUCGAGUAAAGUCUCCAAUUUUUCAUCUUUAAACUUUUUUGGCGGUCCGGAACGUUCUUCGUCUUCCAAGACAAAAUUACCACUUUCAAACCGUGCAAACCAAAUCUGACACUUUCGCUCAGUUGGAUCAUGGUCACCAUAAACUUCCACCAAAAUGCAAUAACUUUCCGCAGCUAUUUUAUUCAUAUUGAAAUAAUGAAGUAACACUCCCCGCAAAAACACUAUCGUUGAUAUGAAAAAUAUUCGAAGUGUCAAAAAACUAUGUUGUUUACCCUUCAACUUUUUGACAUAUACUGAAAAAGACGCGCAAUGACAGUAGCUUUCCAACGAAUGUCUGGAAAUUUGAUUCACUGGAAUAAUAAUCAAUUUACGCCAUCUAUUGUAAAACCGAAAAAAAACUUACCGGUACACCUAAUAAUAAACCUAGAUAACUUAUUAGGUCACAAUAGUUGUGUUAAAGAAAAAAAAGUAUUAAAAGUGGUAUUUAUAAAAUUUAUCACCAUUUACAUAUUUAUAUGUUUUUUUAAAUAAUGAGAACAUUUUAAUUACACAAAUUCAUUCACAAUUAUGGUUUGCUGCAAAAAGCGCGUGAAGUCCUCUUUUAGAAAUUGAGUAAAUUAGACUUUAUCUUUUCACUUUUCCCUUACACAUCGCCUUAAAUUUCGCCCUGGUAGCUUUUCAAGUGAUUUUCAAAAAUCUCUUAAAUACAACAAAAAAUUGGUACGCAAUAGAAUCUAGAUUUAUUCAAUUUGUACCCCCAAUAUGCUCCCGAAAAACGUAAUCCUACGUUAAAAGGUGCCAAAUCAAUAAAGUUAACAUAAAACAAGAAGAGCACUAUCGCGCUCCCUGCACUUCCGGCAUAUAACAAGAGGAGCGCUAUCUCCCGUCCUCAAACGGUUAAGGAUGUCAAUGUUGACGUCAGCAGUAAUUGUACCGGUGAUUCGUACCAAGGCGCCUAGAAGUAUAUCCUAAGGUGGGCUAAGGUGACUUGCUAAAACCACUCUUCAGCCAUCUUGGAAGUCUACUGUGUUUUGCUUGUAAAUAAAACACAAUACGCUAGUGCCGAAGCACGCUCGUGAUCAGUCUGUCUCUUUCACGCUACAAGCAAAUAAUUCCCCUUCUGCUUUCUUCCGUACUGUUUUCAUAUACCGCUCCCCUAACCAAUAUAGUGACGAAACGGCCUCACCUUAGGAUAUACUUCUAUGCGCUUUGAUUCGUACUAGGUUGCCCACUCCAGACCAAGGAAAACACCCCCACACCAUCACGUUACCUCCUCCAUGCUUCAUCGUAGUUUGCAAAUGACGACCCUGUAAGCCUUCUUCAUAUUUCCGCCACGCCCGUUCACGUCAUUUCAUAUUAAAAAGUUCAAAUUUGGACUCAUUGGUCCACAAAAUACCAGAACAAUUUAGAUUUGUUUAUAUGUUGCUGAGCAAAUUUUAAGCACAUAACUUUAUUCACUUUGCUGAUGAACAGAAUCCUCUUCGUGAAUCUGCUUUUUUUCCUUUCCUUGAUUAUACGGUAACUUUCGUAACUUUGAGUGAUUCUUGCAUAUGCUCGAUCAUCUGUUUUCCGGGGACGGUCAUUUCUAGGGCGACCAAAGGUUUGAUGUAUUUCUACGAUUUCACGAACAGCUCCCCGACUGACCCCAAACUUCUCAGCGAUCUUCUGCUGAGACACUUGGUUCAAUUGAUCUUUAACUACAAGAUUUUGAACUUGUAUACUAAUUUGCUUUCCAAUCAUGCUCCUUUCCACUGAUGAACCUUUUGUGUAAGUGACUUUCUGCUCCAAAAGUUUUGGUGAAAAAUCAAACGCGCCUUGUAAACAAUGUCGGAAUACGUCUGAAGUGUCAAAUCUGUCUUCAAAGAGGUACUUACCGAUAGAUUUUUCAAUCUACAUCGAGUCUUUCACAUUUUUUUCGCACUGGGCUUUUGUUUUUGUCAUACCUUUUUUCGAUAUAAUAUAAAUAAAAUUACUGAAACACAAUGUCAACGGCUUAAUAUGGAAUAGAAUACACCCAACAUAAUAAAAACAAUGUUGUAGCAGCAAUUCAAUAGUAUCUGAAGUGAGAAAAUUGAUGAAAAUUAUAUAUUCCAUGAGAAGAAUUGAAAAAAUAAUGCAUGAUUGGUUUUUUUUUUAUGCCAGUCACUGUAUAUGCAUCGUUGAGCAGGACUAUGUUGAGUUCAUUCCGGAAAAGAUUCAGAUGUACGGAGACAGUACAUACCUUAUUAAAACAGAUCCAAUUGACAGGCUUCCGAGAAAAAAUUCUAAUUCGAUUUUUUUUUUCAUCAUGACGAAUUAGUUUACUGUCGUUGUCAUCAUAAUCACAGAGACCUGAAUAGGUUUACUUACAGUCAUGAAUUCAAUCUUUAGUGUGAUUCGAAGUCAAAUCCUAGUGUAAUUAAAAGCGUCGUAUGACGGAUAUUGAUUUAAGUAAAAAAAACUGACCACCUAGGGGUAACCAAUGAAAUACGCUUAUGAAUAGCAGCCACGUCAAAAUCAUGAUCUAGAUUCUAGAAGAUUAACGCGAUAUUCGAGAUGCAAUAAUCGGUGCCUGCUUAUUGACCGCUGAGUCCAUUGCAAUACAUGCUUUAUAACCUUGCAUCAGGAAGCACACCUCAUUCGAAGUCAGAUGCUUUAUCAUAUAGAGGUGCGUUGAUUUAUUUAGUGAUAAAAAUGUCCCCCUUUGUCACAAUAAGUAACGCAAACUCGCAAACGUACAAAAUAGUCUCUUGAUAAAAUCUAACUGCACUGUGUUUGUUUCACAAAUACGAAUAAUUGGCUGAAACUAAGACAUGCAUACAAUAUUUCUAAAACCCGUAUCCAUAGAAGCUUCCGCACGGAUCCUAUCAAAGUAUUCGGUAAUGUUGGUGUACAAAGCCACAAACGGUCCAAAAAACUCUCCUGUACAAGAAUCGAUUCCUAUUUGAAACUAUCUUGCGCAAAUUAUUCGUCAACCCAAUACGCUCAAUCCAGAUGUCUACAGUCAACAAAUGGACCGUUUGAAACUAGCGGUUCACCAGAAACAUCCUGAAUUGGCCAAACAGAAGAAGCGUUGUGUUCCAUCGGGAAAACGAAUGGCCACACCCGGAGUUGUGUCGCUUGAUUGGGCCAUUACCACAUUUUUCUCGCAUUGUAAAACUACCUGAGUGAUAAGAAAUUGAGAGCCGGAAAAAAAGGUAUCUACGCUCAAAAUCUUGUUCCUCCAGCUUAAGCUUUCGUUUCUAAAACUUUGAACUUACACCUCCGUAAAGAAAUGAAAGAACGUCAGAAAAUUCGGGUCCAAAUAUUUUCGAAAAAAAAUAAACACAGAAGGUUUGAGCAAAAAUUUAUUUCCAGUUGAUUCCUAGAAAGAAUCAACUGGAAAUAAAUUUGCUGAAAUUGCUGCCAUUUCUUGAUAAGUAACUUACUUCAAGAAGAUAACGAUAUUUGCUACAACCAGGACACGACAUAGUCAUAUUCAACUGAGGAUAGUCAGCGGACUAAGAAGAAAUUCUCAUUCGUAUUCAAUUGGAAAUGACUUUUGGCUUCUUCACGCAGUUUCUCCGUCGGGCGUUUAGUCGCUAUUUACCUCUACGACUCGACUAUCUGAUUUCAUUCUUUCCCUUCAACAGGACUUCAUUGCAUUUUGAAGUGAUUCCCCUAAAAUGAAUUCGUUUCUCUCUCUCUCUCGCAUGUAUCACGUAUGCAUGUAUCGAUGUUUGAGUUCAACGUGGUUUGACAUAUGCUACAGGUGAGCUAGACUUUUCGUAUCGUACACGAAAAUUACUCACACGUAUAAAAUAGCGUGCAGUGUUGUGUUCAGAACCACUGACAAAUUUGAUUUUGUUGAUAUGAACCUGUUUUUCUGUAGUUUUUUUUCACAAAAUUGAACUCGAAGACAAAGUGAAUUAAAAUUUUAUUUAGAAUUCCUCCCGGACUGCAAGCUAUUUGCUAAUACUAACGCGAGAAGCUUCAUAGCAUACCUAAUAACUGUCUAAGUCCGUUGGUUUGAGUUCACGGUGGAUAGACAAUAAACCGUUCAUUAAUGGUGUAACUACUUUUUUUCAUCAGAAAUCAAGUUUUCGUUUCACUUUAUAUGGACGUUUGAAUAAGAUUGUGUACGCGUGUGGAUUGAAGUCAGUUGAAUGAAGAGGCAAAUUUGUAUUCAUUCGUCACGUCAAUUGUAAUAAGUAUUGACUAGAAUAGUUCAUCAGUCAUCCUCGCUCUCAACACAAGUCAAUUUAUUUUCUAGUCAAUUCACUUUGCCGAAGUAGUCCUAGUCGAAGCUAAAGAGAGGAAAGUCGACCUUCAUUUUUCAUCUUCGAAGAUUUCUGGCCCUGGCUACAACAUAUGUAAAAAUUGGUUUUAUCACUUCCUCGCACCUUCCUACGAUCUUUUGCACCUUUCAUAGCGUCAAAAUCGAUACGGUUACUUCUCACCGCAUGAUGUCGCAUACUCAUGAUCAAAAUUUGUAGUUAGGGUGUUUUUUGAAAUUUCCUCUAGCGACGAAUUCUUUUUUAUUCUCUCGAACGAAGCUUUAAAAGUUCAUUCGUUUCUUGCCUUGAAAACGGCCAAUUCUAUGUAAGAUCCUAGUAUUGGACAGACGAUCAUUCGUUCAAUUUCCUUAUAUCGUUUAUUUUAUAGAGGCUUUAAACUGAAAAGUUUAUUCGUCUUCGGUCUUCAAACUUCUUCUUCAUUCUUCUCAAACCGAUGUCACAAAUCUAUGGAAAAUUAGAAGCUCCCCGUGUCUAAAUGUGGUGUCUAAUUGAAGAAAAAUAUGGUACCAAGCGCUCAAAAUUCGAUAAUUUUUCGUGACGCAACCCAUUUUUAGUUUUUCAAUUUACAGCCCCAAUGCGUUCCUGGAAGACGUAAACCUACGUAAGAAGCAUUCUCUCCUGUCGGGCAAUUCUGAAUCAGUCGUUCCCAUGCUAUAUUUUCGUACCCGAUAGAACAACGUUACGGCGGCAAAUCUCAAAUCAGCGGUUGCUCGAAUCACAAAAUGAUAUCGCAUAUACUCUGAGCAUUGAGCGUGUUUUAACCAUACAGUAGCAGAAAUAUAUUCAUUAAUUCUUUGUUCUUAAGAGGCUUAAAAACUUUGCAGUUCAUUCGCCUCUACUCGCAGGGACACUGAUUGGCGGGCUCUUUUCUAUUCUCCCGCUCGGGCGCUCUCGUAGAACAUCGAAGCUAUGCCGGAGUAGAUUUCAAGACCCUGAGAAAUGCCAUUUGAGAAUCUUUUCAAAAAUUUAUUGACUGAUUGCAGACCCGGUGAUUAGAGAAUGAAGAGCGAAUUGAUAGAUUUAUUCUAUUUUUUUUAUUAUUGUUAUUUUUGUUACCGAUCGAAGCCUUUCCGCCUGAACCAGGAACUUCAUUCAUAUGUAGUCUUGAAAAAGAACUAUUAGACAAAAAAAAUCUCACCCACAACGGCGAGUGAGCAGGGUGCAUUAUCGUAAUGCAAUAACCAUGAAUUGUAUUUCAUAAAAUCUCGUCUUUUGUAUUGUUCCUUUCAAGCUGCACAUUACCUCAAGGAAUUUCUCCCAAUUCUGCUCUGCGAAUGAUGUGAGAUGGCUUGAGUCACAGUUUCUCCAAAAGCGUAAUAUGCUCUUAGACGAGAAUUGGAGUCAUGUCCUAAGCUAACAAACAACGUGACAUACAAAUUGAAGAGAGAGGCUGAACGUGAAUGUCACUAUCAGAUUACGUAACACAGCAAAUCCUGAACCGAAAAUCCCGGUAAACGUUGGAAAAAUAAAUUUCGGUAAAAGAUUAACGUUCUGAAGUAUCAGAAUAUAACCAUGAUUAGAAAGGGAGUAUUCUGAUACUUUAGGACGUUAAUCUUUUGCCGUGUCUUCUACGAGUCGUGAUUUCUACGGAGCUAUGCGGUAAAUAUAAGUAGUUUUAGAUGAAAGACAUCGAUAUAUCAUCGACAGUAUCUUUAUAGAAACCCCCUAAUUCAUCGGGUAUUCAGGUGGUAGCACCAGUGGUCACUUGCACUGUGCCGUUUCCAUUCUCGGAUUCAUCAAUUUCAGGCAAAUUUGCCCAUUCCUCAAUAGGAAAAAAAAUGACAACGCUCAAUUGAAGCACUAAUUUAACACUUCAGUUCCAAAGCCAAAUUGGGAAAAGCGUCGGUCAUGGUUAAACCGGGAGCCACAUUUACGCUAUCUCAUCGCAACCGCCUUUCAUCGCCCAUUGUCGUUAUCUCCCCGUCUUUUUUCUCUCUCUUCAUUCAAAAUUAAACCACCCGGAUGACCCCUUGCCGAUCCCUGUUGCGGGAGAUAGAAAGCGAGGCGAGGGGUUUCACCUCUAUGAAUAUCUAAAACCGUUCGUUCUCCAAUAAGUAUGAUUGAUGGACCUUCAUUUGGUUGGUUGGUCUCCCGAGUGCUGCCCGGAACGAAAAGGUGAAAAAUUCCAUCUGCAAGCGUACGGAGCGGCCACAGCGAAUUACUUGUUCUUCGCAUCUCACCACGGUACCUUCCUCCGACUCCGGUGGAUCGGUGGAUCACCCAAAUUAGACUGAAGACGAAGUGAUUCUAGAUUGGCAAUUAAUUUGGUUGAGCUCAAACUCGAAACCGGACGGCGCAAAAAGUUGGCAUUCUCAAUGGGUAAACGUUGGACGAAUCAACACUGGAGAACGUAUUGUAGGGAAGACAAGAUAAUUGAUGAUCGAUUAAGCAGUUGCAGCUGGAAGCUCGUGAACCCUAUUCAAAUUUAUCCGAGGAAGCGAACGUGGCGCGGAUUUUUUGGCUUACCGUUGACCCUUUCGCCCUGGAAAUGUUUGACUUGCGGAUGCAAGAAUUACACAAUAACUGGAAACACCGAUAUCAAAUUUUAUGAGCAAAAUUUAAUUAAUUGUCCCAUUUUGUUUAGCAAUCGUUUGUAAUAGUCCCUUCCUAAACGUUUUAUCCCGCUGCCGGUGUAUGGUGAGUUCCCCACCACCCAUCUAGACAAAAGCACCAGACUUAAUCAAGACGACCAUCACGCGCCAAAGCUUGGUUCAAUUUCCUCUUCUAAUUAGACGCUAAUUAAAACAAUUUCUGUCAGUCCUCGCUGUGUGGAAACAGGGGGAGGCGAGCGCUAACGGGGGCUCUACACUGACUGGCGCGAAAGAAGAUCUACCCUCAAUCCGUGAGUCUGUGAUUUGUAUUCAUUUUAUAAACAGCUGAAAGCAAGGGCUUAUUUUGUAUUAAUAUUGAUGGUCUUGGUCCGAAAAAAAUAGAAGAUUUCUGAACUAAAACCAGAAUCAGUUGCCAUAACGUGAUAAAGAUUCUAUGUUAGUUAAAUCGGAUAAACCAAGUCAAAACGAAUUGCUCAAAGCCAAUGUAACCACCCUUUACUUCGAAAACCAAUUGCAACGGUUUGGGAGUUUCUUGGGUACUGAGGAACAAUGUUUCUGUACUAAAUAAAGGCGAAUGAACUUAAAAGUUUAAGGCCUCUUUAAAACAAAGAAUGGAAUGGAAUCUGUACAGCAAAAAAAAAAGUUAUUGUUAAAAUUGCGGAAAACCCCCAGUAUGCUCAAAUGGGUGCACAUCACAUUCAUAAUGUGUUUUGCGCUACUUGAAUAUAAUGAAUUGCGGUGACAGACGCCUCUUUCAAUGUUGAUAACCAGCAAUAUAAAGAUUGGAAUGAUUGCAGUACUAAAUGUACUGAAUAAAAUAGACCUCCUACAGAAAGACAUCUGUAAGACAUCCAUUCCUUCUCGUUUGUAAACGACACCGAGACCACCGUUGAAGCCGUACCGUUUAUGUAAGUCCGUGAUUCGCAUGAAUUCGAGACAGUAUUUCCCAUCUUCAGGCGUGUACUACGACCUCGACCAAUUUCGCUUGAAGCUUGAUGUUCAGACUCUUAUCGAUUGGUACUCCGAGGAAUUGAGUGUUUUUCUCUUCAAGGAAAUUUUCCGAAACGUAUCUAGGAUUUUCUUUUCUAGCAAUUAUUUGUACAAUUGAUGGCAAAUUCACGGUUUCUUAUGUGUUCAUAGAGUUGUCUACUACUUGAGCACUUGAUGGGACCGGAUCGUCAGAAAUAUGAGCGUCAACUAAUCGAUUACCGGUUACCCAAUCAACUCCGUGAUAGUCUUUCUCGUCCUAUCAGGAACGGGGAUUGUAUUGUAUUCGCACACCACCGGAUAGUGAUCGGAGCCUAACUGUGUAAUCGGUUUCGAUAAGGGUGAAUACAAGAGAAACAAGUCUAAUGUGUAAGAUUAUUUUGAUGAUUACGGAAAUAUCGCUUAAUCCUCUAUGUAAAUGGGAACACUUUCCUGAGCAGAGAUAAUCAGUAAUUGAUCAUUUUUAUGACAGUUAUGAUUCCGCUAAAAGUCUUGAGGAUCAUCGAGAUUUCCUGCAAUCCCGAACCUUGCUUUAUUAUUUUAACCCAUUUUUGGCCAAGCGUUCGAAAUAUCGAACAGCAACUGCAAAGCAAUUUUCAUGGCUUUGGAAAGCAACCAUAUGGUAAGAUUUUGACAUCAAAUGAUAGCUUAGUUUAUUAGCUACCACUUACCAUCACUUUCAUUCAAUUUUACAUAAAUUGAUUGGGCAGUAAACUCGGUUGAAAGCAGCUAUGUGCGGAAAAUACAUUACUUCACAUAACCUAACAAAAAAUGCACAAAUAUGUAAACUUUUCUACAGUAUUACUUUGAUAAAAGAACACACAUUGUGAUGUAGGAUUGAACUUCCAACAGGAACAAAAAUCUAGGUUUUAGCCAAUGUUUUUGUUUGGCGAUUUUUUGAUUUUUUGUUAUUUUCCGGAAAACGGAAGAACGGGAAACAAUUAUUCUUGAAGAUUGUGACGCCAAUAAUCAAAAUUACCUCAAUGGCUUUUGUUAAAAAAAAUAUUUUUUACAGCUUGGUCGUUAAUGGGUUAAGUUUCAACAAGAAUUCUACGAGGAGAUUUAUCAAAUCGUUCCUGCUCACGCAUUGUCGAUAUGUACGCACUGUGAAAAGCGAAAGAAAUAAGUUAUAAACUAGAUCGUCUGAUUGUAAUUUCUACUUUGUCACCUCAUGAUUUGAGCGAUCUAGCCGGGCUCCAAAGUGCCGAACAGAGAGACCGUUCCAGUGAACAAUUCUGAUUAUGCGAUUUUCCCUUUAAAGCUUGAGUAACUCAAUAUAUGGAUGCAAAAAAAAAAUCGGAUCUCUCUCAGAACCAUGUCAAUGAACUGAACAUGAAGGUUUAUUGCACUUUUAACGCAAUAUGGCAAAAAAGAGUACUCCAAUUUGGUUCUGAUUAUAUCUCGAGCUUUUCUUAGAAUACCACGCAUCAUAUUUUGGACACUCUUUCGGCUAACCUGAAUGGCCGUUUUAUCCCACCAUCUCUCCACCUCGUUGUCUCGAUACCACUUGGAAUCCUUUCUUUUUGUUUAUGAAGAAAAUGGAAAUGGCUUUUCCUAUCCGCAGCAGCAAAUACCUUGUUCAAUUCUGACAACGUAUUUGCACAUUUAUUUCCUUGUGAAUUCAUCGGCAAAAUCUAAUUUUUAUUAGAUUUUAUAAGAUUUUAUUAGUUUUAUAGAACAUUUGUUCAUAAUUCAUUUUUACGAACGUUUAGUCGCCCAUGAGAAUGCUAUCCUUUGUACUUCGUACACCUAAAAUAAAUAAUUUACGCAUUUUUGGCAUCGUCAUAAAUAAGCUUAAAAGUUUCAUGAAAUGUGCUAUCGACCCAUACUGGUACAGCAUUUGAUCAAGCGAGAGGCGAAUUUAUGUAUAACAUAUAUGAGGGGCUCAGUAGGAAAGAGGUGUGAGUGACAUGUUCGAUUUUCUCUUCAUCGACUCUCUCUUUUAGUCAUAACUUAGCUGCAAACACAUUUCUAACUGUAUGUCACAAUUUGGACUAUAGGUCAAAACCGCAUCUAUCAUUUUCUAUAGUAAACUCCAAUUAGAACUUUUUGCAGCACAGUUAUUAACGAAAGAAAAUGUUGAUGAAGAGAGAAUCAAUCAAGUCACUAACCCCUUCCCUUCGAAGCCCCUUAUAUGACAUAUCAAUAUAAGAGAGCAAAAUAAAAGACACUUUGCAAAAGCAAGCCGCGUGUCUUCCUGUGGCGUCGCUUGGCAUUCGUUUUAAGUACAGGCUCAAGCUGGCAUUCAGUCUGAGAGAAUGAGAGGUCUGCUUAUGUAUGGAGCAGAAACAAUUCAACACUCUUAAAAAAAAUUAAAAAUCUUUCCUGCCGAGAAUGAUAUUUUUUUGCCAACGUAAGUUUGGGUAUAUGAACCUCAUUGUACAACUUCCGGCACGUCUUUUGGUCAUCAUAUUCUACUUCAGUGUCCUGUUUGGUUGCUUGCUGACCCGAAAAGAUCGAAAUCUUCCUCACAGACGAAUCUAUUUCGCUGUACUUUGGCUGGCAUUGAAUUUCCUGGCGAUAUCAUGAUCCAACAGCCCUGGGCCUGCCCUAAUCAUUCUCAAAACAUUCAAAUGCAGCUUCUGAUCCUUAGUUCCCCUACGACGCAUGCUAUGAUCCUUCCGAUCGAUAGUAUGUAGCUCACGAAAAUGUCUGAGAACGCUACACACAGUCGAUUCAGCCAAUUUCAACAAUUUCGCGAUUUUUUAAUCUGACCAAAUCGUCGGAUUAUCGAAGUGGAUGUCCAAUAUUCAUUUUACGUUUGCGGCUUCCUUCAAGUAUAGCUUUUCUGAAACGAUAUGAAUAGCGACGAAUUUUUCAGCACUGAAAGAGGGAACAUUUCAAAACAAACUUCUGUGAAAACAUUCCAGAUCCGACCACUUGGAGCGCGGUCGUAGAAUAAACAGUGCGUAUAGAUAUUAAAUGAAUCGAACUUUACGUCAUAAAAUGACAAUCGAACUCUUCAAACCCACGAAAUUAAAAAUUUCCCUUUAUUUUCUAAACACACCUCGUGUGAGGGAAAAACGAGUAGACCCUGGGCAUAACUGACCGAAAAUUCAGUUUAUUACAAACCUAGUGUCCGCGAAUGGUUGAAAUUAAAUAGAAAUGAAAUUGCUUUCACAAUAUUCUCACGAAACCGCAAAAAUCGCCCAGAGAACAACUGCAACAGAAACAAUCACUCAGAAAAAAGUAUAAUGUCACAAGUAGGUUAGAACAUCAUAGGAAUAAAUGUCUCACGAAAAAAGCGUAAUUUCUACCAUAAAUCUUUUCUCCGUUUCUUUUUUUCGAAAUUUAUUCUGAGAUCAAUGUAAUGGGAUCGAAGUCCCCAUUUAACAAGGAUAAGCAAUCCGAGUCGGUCGCCGACCCGCCGUCGGAUGCGGCGGUCUCUCGCAUGAAAAUCUGUGUUUCACUAACUGUCCGAUUAGUUUGAAUCAUAGGAUAAGAUCCUUUAGCAAGGUUCGAUCGAACUUUAGGGAACGUCGGAUGGCAUACGUUUUCUUGGUUCUAAAAUAUAUCAUUCAUUGUAAUUCAAAACUAUUGCACCACGAUCUGAAGAAAUUUUCACAAUUAUAGGUAUUUUGGUUUGAACAUUUAGUGUGACAAAUCAUAACUCGUAUAAUCGCGCACGAUAUCACAGACCGUCUUAUAUCCAUGAUGUUUUUCCGUGUCAGAAUAUUUCUAGUCUGUUUGUGACAUUACACUUUUUUCUGAGGGUUUAUUUCUGUUGCAGUUGUUUUCUUGGCGUUUUUUUUCCGGGGAGCUCACGAAACAUGUAAUAAGUGUUGCUAUAGAACUAAUGAUACUUUUUUAACAUGUGUGUCGUGGUAGCUGUGAAUCAUAUGUUUUGUGAACAAUUUGAUCUGCCAUUGCAUCAUGGCUUGCCUAACCUAUAACAUUGUCGUAAAAAAUUGCAUAUUUCAAUUCGAAAGACUCAUCGCAAUCUUUUGUCCUAAAUCAACAUAAUAUUCGCAUACAAAACUCAUAUAGGGCAGAUAUAAUGCCAAAAAGGCAAAAUAUAGGGACCUUUAAUUACUACACUGCCCAUGUUUUUAAAGGAGACGUAAACGAACAAAAUCGACUUUUUCGCUGUUUCGCAUUCUACACAAUGUAAUACGUUUGCUCAACAUGCAAACAAACAUUUUUUGUUCGAAAACAUUUAAGCAAUUUUGAAAAAACCUUUCCGAAAAAUCAUUGUUUGUCCGCAUAACAGACGUAGUCCCAUGCAGCUUCCACACAUCGUUCGAAAAUUAACAUUUGUCAGUAUUAUGUGCUAUAAGCUAAAUCUACAUUUGAAUCACAUUCUUUGUAGAGUUCAAACAUGUCUGUCACGAUAGUGUCUUAUUACUUAGUGUUUCCUAAUAGAUGAACAUAAAAAAAAAUCAUUGAAACUCAUAUAAUAACUAUUUUCUGUACACGAUGAACGAAGAGAAGCAAUUGUGUUUUUUAAUGUUAUAAUUAGCUAAAUUUCUGCAUUUGAAUCUUCAAGUAAAUAAUGAAACAAUCAGAUCAGUAGUAAAAUUAAAAUAAUAUUGAUUCUUAGCAUUAUAACUCCUCGGAUUCAACAUUGAAUAAUUCCACAUAGUCAGCAUUUACUCAUACCGUUGGAGUAAGUCACUCCACCAUCUUUAUGCGAUUGAUCGUGAUAUCGGUAAAUCAUGUUGCUAAAAUUACCAACAUUGCAGAUUGCCUUUACAAAUUUAAUUAAUUGAAGAAACACAAACCUGCUGUUCUUAUCAUAUCCCAGAGUAUUAUUCAGGAAAAAAAAUUCUAUCCUUUUCCAGACAUUUCACUAAAUUUCUCCCAAACCUUUUUGAUUUUAUCCGAACAACUGAAACUACCGACGGAGACGUUUUGACUAUUAUCGGAAUUGUAAAUACUAACGCUACAAACAGAGCAACCUGGUAAUUACGUCUAGCUAUGCGGACAAAUGUUCAAUGAAACGAUUUAUUGACCGCACAAAUAGACGCAAGCGUUUUCCAAAUGGAUAAAAAUAUGUUAUAAUCCGCAAAAUCACCUAGGUCCUCUUUUUGCCGAUAAUAUCCUUCAACUGGACAGAUCAUUUCAUCGGAAAUUUGCAUGGUUAUGCUUGUAGGCCAAAAAACAACAAAAAUGCGUUUUCCCAACUCUAAUGGUGUUGUCGAUUACGUUUCCUAUGCAAUCAUGAGCAGUACAGUUACUGUUUUUCAUAAGCAUUGCUAGUGUUUAUGUAAGGUGCCGUAAAAAUGUCAUUUUCUGUUUAUUUAAAAAAGAAACAAGUCAUCAAUCCGGUCGCUGUUUAACAUGUGACAAAAGCUUAAGCGUUCAAAACCAAUUGGUGCAAACAUUUUGUAAACCCAUCAAGAAAUAACUUAUCAACAAGCGUUCAAAAUUCGAUCAUUUCCGUGACGCGACCGAUAUCUGGUUUUUCAAUUUGUACUCUAUAUACGUUCCCGGAAGACGACGUCAAAAAAUGUGGAUGUUGAAACCAUUAUGAAUGUUAUAGUUGAGGAACAGCUUUGUUUAUUAUUAUUCGGAUUUACGGAACAUUUUUCGAAACUAAUAGUAAAUGUAAUAUGAAAAUUCCCCGAUGAGACGAACCCUUAUAUCACUCAGAACUUUCGAAUUAGGGUAUACUACAUGGGCUGAAAAGUCCCGGGAUUUUCAAUAAAAACAAUCGUUUCUUGGGUAAAGCUGUAUUUAUUCCUCAACAUAGUUUCCUUCGAGGGCAAUAUACUUGGUAUAGCGAGUUUCCAAUUCCCUUUCUGUAGUACGAACCGUCUAAGUCUUCGAAAUACGCCUCAGUGCCACUCUGCAGACUGCCUAUUGGACUCAUAAAUGUGGUAAUAGAUGCUCGUUUCAUCCACUAUCACAAAAAGUCUGAAGAAGUCCACUCGAUUACGCUUCAACAACGCCAAACCGGAUGUUGAAUCAUCAACGCGCCGCUGUUUUUGGUCGACGGUCAGCAAACGCGGCACCCAUCGCGCGGAUAGCUUUUUCAUGUCCAAAAUGUCGUGCAAAGUGUAUUCGUUGAAAUGCCUAUGGUCUUAGCUUCACUUUACGGUCGUUCAAAACGAGUUGAUGCACUUGUUUUACGAUUUCUGGAUUCGUGGCCUCUUUUGGCCCUCCAGAGUGAGGUGCAUCUGCGGUGCUUGUACGGUCCAUUUUAAAUUCACUAAACCACCAAUAAACUGUUGUUUUCAAGGGAGCAGAAGUGGAAUAACAUUUCGUCAACCACUGCAUUAGUUGUUCAGGAGCUUUUCCCAUCAAAAAACAAUGUUUCAUCAAAAUACGAUGUUCCUCAUUUUCCAUUUUCUAUAUGAAUGCUCAGAUAGUGACACUUACACAAUUGUAGUUUGUGAACAAAUAAACGAAAUGACAAGAAACUUCACACAUAAGCUAGUGACAGAUGAACUUCUCGAAAUGAAUCUUGUUUAUUUUUUAGUGGUGCUUUCCAUCUGUUAAAAAAUCCCUGUUUUUUCAGCCCAUGUAGUAUCUGUUUCUCAUGAGGAUUUGCUAUCUAGAUCACGGUUGAUACAGAUGAAUGAGUCGAAAAUAGUUGCAUUUGGAUCAAAGUUUGCAGUCAGACUACUGAUACCCAGUGAAAGCCCUGUUUCAGCAUUAGUUAGUUUGUACUAACAAAAAGCGCAUUGAAGCUUACUAGCAUUAAAAUGGUCAUAAACUGCCAAUAAAGAUGCCGAUUUAGUGCCGUACUAGGGUUAGAAGGCGAUUAACCCCGAGGUAGACAUUCGCCACGUCAUUACUGAUGUACGACAUUCAUUGCUGCAAAAAGUGAGCGAAAAUUAGUCUUCCCGAUUGAUGUCGGACUUCGAACCGGUUGAGGUAGCCGAAAAUCGGAAAUCAUUUAAGAAUAAAUCGGCAAAGAUUUCUCUUCUUAAUAGAGACUGAUUCAACGCAUUUGACACCAUUUAGUGGUGUAUUAGUUCAAUUAUGUAUCUUCAAAUAAAGAAUUUAAUCAAAUUGUUACAUUACAGUUCUCGAGCAAGUAAUUUUGCCAUCAAAUUCUAUUUAGCGUUUUUUUCUGUAUUGAGCACUUGUUUGACCUCGUAUGACUUCAUUCUGGAAAGUAGCUUCAACCUAUGGACGAAUUCUGACGGCGUUCCUAUCCUCCAAGCCAUUAUUCGAAUAGAGAAGUCGGGAUUCCUUUCUGGAAACGUUCUCACCUUUCUGUUCAAUAUUCCAACAUCGUAAUAUCACGACCAAUAUUUUUGUCACUUUUUGAUUUCUCUUCGAAGGUUAAGAAAUGUUUUUUUUAUCCAAAAUAUAUAUUUUUAUUAAGGCUCAUAUGGUGUCAACCUGAAGGGGCCGGGAGUUCAAUAUUUUGACAAUGUUUGCCUUAUAACUAUGUUAGUAAUAUGUAACCGAUUACUCGCGGUUGGCUCGAGGUUAGUAUUACAAGUGUUUUCGUAAUUAUGAUGUUGCUGUCUCCAAUGCUCUGUACCUGUGCCCGACACGGGAUACUUUCUUUUGGGAUGCGGCUGACCAUUAAUCAGCAACGCUCCCUAGUCUGUACCCCAUAUCUAGCGUGGUGCGUCUUCUCGACUCGAGGAAUCCAGGAUAGAGUUAUCAUGAGCGGAACAACCUUUGGCUCUUGUUGAAUGAUCAGUGGACUGCACAACCUUUGGCCCGUGUAUCUGUAAAGAGUGUGUGUAUGUAUUGCCGCGACUAAGUAAACAUAACUUUUCUGCAGUUUAACGUAUCAAAAGGUUAGGUUUUUCAUUUCGACUGUACAAAAUCCGUUCGAGCAUUUCUUUUUCGCUAAUUCUCAAUUUUGACACUGCUCGCGGAAUAUCACAAUUGAUCAUAAUAAAAAAAACAAGAAGUGGGUUAUAUCUGGGAUAUAACCGCAAGGUAGACGUAGGACUAUCGUUGGAUCGGUAAUCAUUUAUUUGAAAUUGCAUCUGAAUCAAUUCUUAUUGAAUGAAUGAAUGAAUAGUUCGUAAGAUUGCUGAAAGUUUUUCUUGUUAGUGUGUUAUCAACAUGAAAUUCAACUCUUUCGAACUUGUUGGUGGCACCAAAACGAACCCAUGGAAUUUGAGUGGCAUUGUAAAAACAACUGAAGAUGUUUGAUGCAUGAUUCAUUUUUGUUUUCGUGAGAAUAACACGAGAUUUUUCAUGAUCACUCCAUGCGCAGAAUAGAAACUGAGGGCGUCAUGUCAUGGUGAAAACGAAAUAAAGUCUAUAUAACCUUGCAUAAAAUUCAUUUCGUUUUUAUCGUGAUGUGGCAAUUAUUCAUGACUGUUCCAUGCGAAAGCAGAACAGAAACUGAUACUAUUGGAUUGCAUCACACCAAGUCGAAUGCGUAAAUGGGUGCGAAUAUUCCUUCACUCGGAAGCAUUCACACCAAACAAUUUUUCAUGACUGUUCCAUGCGAAAGCAGAACAGAUACUGAUGCGAGUAAAAGUACUCUUCUUCUUCUUUUUGGCUUUAAGAGGGUUUAAACUUUUCGGUUCAUUCGCCUCUAAAAAGUACUCACGCCUUGCAUGUGUCCGCUAUGGUUACCCAAACACUAAUGCAAGCGAGCAAAAGAAAUCACAGCUUGCAUGUAUUCGCUAUGACUACAUUUUGCGUCCGUGUUCGGGAACACAUUACGAUCACCAAUCAUCAUCAAUGAGCUAGAUUGUUAUGAUUUCAAUAGCUUGCUUUCAAAGCAAAUUUUUAAGCUAUUGAAACGAUUCAACAUUCAAAACCUUGCAGUCCAGCGUCACCCUCUCGUUUUCGAAAUUUUGAACUCACACCCCGGUACAGAAAUGAAAAACGUAGUCCUACGUCAAAACUACAGAUUACAGACGUUCAGUUCUGUUCGAGUUUUUUGUUUCAAACUAAACAACUUCCGCAAAUUGUUUCAAUAUAUCAGCAUGAAAAAUAAUAUAAUGAAUAAUGAUGAACACAUAUAUGUAGAUGUUCAACGGUCAACGUUGUACGGCGUAAUCAUUAUUGUGCAGGUCACUAUACAAGCGACUCCCAUUCACAUGGAUACAGUAGCUUAACCAUGUAAUAAUGGCACACGGAAUCCGUGAUCUUAUUUUCAAUUCUAGCUGAACAAAAGCAAACAAAUUGAGUUUCGUUCCCGUAGAAAAAAAACAAUGCCCACAGCAUCCCAAUAUUAAUAGUGAUUGAAACAAUGUGAACGUUUGGCGGUGGUGCUAUCAAGUCUAGAGUCCGAUUAAAAUUAAACCCCAUUCAGAAGCGAGCAAACUUAAUUAGGGUCGUACGAAAAGCGAUUAAAAAUUAUGCCUUCAUCGUUGCCUAUUUCCGCACUCACAUAAAAGUUUGAAAAACAUGCGACCGGGGAAUCAAGGGCAACAACCAGCCAUUUCUAAUCAUUAGUAAAGGUGUAAAAAGCGGGCGCAAAGUGUCGUUCCUUUUGCUGAAGCUACCUCCCGCUGCAGGCGGCAAUCCAGAUCAAAGUAACCGGACGCAAAAUGAAUGAAAAAUAAACAGGCGCACAGACGCGUGCACACAGUCAGACACACUCACACACACACGCUCGCUCGUUUUCACAAUGAAAGCGUCAAAAGUGAGAUGGACUCAAGCAGCCUCCGUUCGUUUGAAGCAGGCUUUGAAAAUCGUGAUAAGCACGGGGCGUUCAGAAAGCCCGAACACAAUCGUGGGGAAGCAGAACCAGAAUUUUGACAAAAUGAACAUCCCUAGCGCCGCGUGCGUUUAAAAUAAUAAUUAGCAGUGAAUGAGGAGACGUAAGAAAAAUUGCAGCUAAUGUCAUAAUUUAAAACUGAGAGCAGCAGCGACGGUAGCACAACAAAAAAAAUGACAGAAGAAUAAAAAACACAAGAAACACACGUUAGCCGAUAGUGAUAUGAUAAAUUAAAACAAUCCUAGUUAAGUGACGUGAACAAAAAAACAAACCAGCAAAGCAAAUCAAACUCUUGUAAUCUGUGGAAAUUUUGAAAGCAAUAUCUUCUUGACAAAUCUUGAUAUACAUGGAAUACAGCAUUAUUACACACAAAAACACACGCGAACACUAUUCACAAUUAUACUCAAGGGGUCCCCAGCUGUUUUUCUCUCCAAGAGGGAAACCGUUUUGUUUUGCUUUUCAAAAGAAAACACACCUCUAUAUUUGUAGCUCUUCGUUUGUAAAACUGUGUAAAAAAAGACUCUAGUUGUUGAAGUUUGUGUAAAUAGAUAGGAAGUGACAGUGGUAAACACUUAAAAAUGAUAUCCCGUGAAUUCGGCUCUUGAAAAAAAAACGCGAUCUAAAAGAAAAAAGAAACACUUGAGAGUAAUUGUACAUAGUAAGCAAAAAUUUAGCGCUAGGGAGAUGAGAGAAAAAACUAUCAAAUUUGACCUAAUCUUUACAAUAUCACAUUAAAGGAUCCUUAUAUCAUAGAAAAGUAAACAAAACAAACUCAAGCAAAACAAAAUAAAACAUAGCCUGAAAGAGCUAGAAAUCUGUAAUGCAUGGGCAUCAUAUUUCAGAGAUGAAGAGAACAACGCUAAUUUAUAUUACACUUCAUUGCGAGAAUACACAUACACACCCCAGAUGCGAAUACACACAUACACACAAACACGAACCGUACUUUAGAAGUCUAGUUAAAUUAUACUGAAUCUACUGUUAGGAAGCAGAAACAAAACAAACUAAACCGAUAUAAUUUAAAGUGAUGAUGUCAAUGCAAGUGAGAAAAUCCACACAUCGGAAAGCGUCUGUAUAUAUUAGAAUCUAGAUGGAACACUCGAUUGAAGUGACACACGUGCAAGGUGAAAAUAAACGACUAUUUUUGACUAUAACAA